ACCAAGAUGGCGGCCGUGGUGCUGGCGGCGGCGAGGCUGCUGCGGGGCUCGGGGCCGUGGGGCCGCCCGCGGCGGAGGUUUGCGCCGCCGGCCCGCAGGCGGUUCAGCAGCGCAGGCGCCUGCCCCGGCGUGCCGCUCUCGUCCCCCCUGCCCGGCGUCCCCACGCCCGUGUUCGCCACGGUGGGCGGCCAGGAGGAGUUCGAGACCAAAGUCACCGCGCUGGACAACGGGCUUCGCGUGGCGUCGCAGAAUAAGUUCGGGCAGUUUUGCACGGUCGGAAUUCUCAUUAACUCAGGAUCCAGGUACGAGGCGAAGCACCUCAGUGGCAUCGCUCACUUCCUGGAGAAGUUGGCGUUUUCGUCCACCGCGCGUUUUGACAGCAAAGAUGAGAUCCUGCUCGCCCUGGAGAGGCACGGCGGCAUCUGUGAUUGCCAGACGUCGAGAGACACCACCAUGUACGCCGUGUCUGCGGACAGCAAAGGCCUGGACACGGUGGUCGGCCUGCUGGCCGACGUGGUCCUGCACCCCCGGCUGACAGGGGAGGAGCUGGAGCGCGCGCGCAUGGCCGUGCAGUUUGAGCUGGAAGACCUGAACAUGCGGCCCGACCCCGAGCCACUGCUCACCGAGAUGAUCCAUGAGGCCGCUUACCGGGAGAACACCGUCGGCCUCCACCGCUUCUGCCCGCCCGAGAACCUGGCAAAGAUCAGCCGCGAGGUGCUGCACGCCUACCUGAGGAACUACUACACCCCUGACCGCAUGGUGCUGGCGGGCGUGGGCGUCGACCACGCGCAGCUGGUGGACUGUGCCCGGCGGUACCUCCUCGGCGCCCAGCCUGCCUGGGGGGCCACCGAGGCUGUGGACGUGGACAGAUCGGUGGCGCAGUACACCGGGGGCAUCGUCCAGCUGGAGAGAGACAUGUCCAACGUCAGCCUGGGCCCCACCCCGAUCCCGGAGCUCACGCACGUCAUGCUGGGGCUGGAGAGCUGCUCCUUCCUGGAGGAAGACUUCAUCCCCUUCGCCGUGCUCAACAUGAUGAUGGGUGGUGGCGGCUCCUUCUCGGCCGGCGGCCCCGGCAAGGGCAUGUUCUCCCGGCUCUACCUCAACGUGCUCAACAGGCACCACUGGAUGUACAACGCGACCUCCUACCAUCACAGCUACGAAGACACGGGCCUCCUGUGCAUCCACGCCAGCGCUGACCCGCGGCAGGUGCGAGACAUGGUGGAGAUCCUCACCAAGGAGUUCAUUCUGAUGGGAGGAUCCGUGGACGUGGUCGAGCUGGAGCGAGCCAAGACGCAGCUGAUGUCCAUGCUCAUGAUGAACCUGGAGUCCCGGCCGGUGAUCUUCGAGGACGUGGGCAGGCAGGUGCUGGCCACGCACUCGCGCAAGCUGCCCCACGAGCUGUGCGCGCUCAUCCGCGGCGUGAAGCCAGAGGACAUCAAGCGAGUGGCGUCCCAGAUGCUGCGUGGGAAGCCGGCCGUGGCCGCGCUGGGCGACCUGACCCACCUGCCCCCUUACGAGCACAUCCAGGCCGCGCUGUCCAGCAGAGACGGGCGCCUGCCCAGGACCUACCGGCUCUUCCGGUAGAGCCCUCCGCACCGACGUGCGCGCGGGAGCUGGGCGUGUGACUGUCGUGAAUUUCGUGUGCAAAAGUGCGCGUGAACUUGAGUGAGGUGUGGCCAGGGCCCCGCUCGGCUUUGUCCCUGUGCGGUCAGCACAGCAGGCGCUAGGAGCAGAGAGGACGCUGGGAUACAACGAACUCCGGACACGGGCCGGGCGAGUGAGCCUCCGUGUGGAUCUCAGCCGUCCGUGGCAGCCCGUGGGCGCACAGCAGCCGAGCACCUGGGACAGGCCCCUGCCCGCUGCCCGACCGGAGCAGCUCGGGUGCCCCGUGUGCCCCCAUCGCUCGGUGACCAUAAAGUGGUGACUUUGC